AUAUGACUGGGCCAACUCCAAGUGAAAAGAAACACCGAAAUCGAAUACGAUAUGGGCCUUAUGCAAUGGUGUCUCGAAAGUCGAAGCUGCUCCUGUUGAGCAUCGGUUCUGCCAAUUCCGGAAGAUCGGCGUAUUCCCGACGGGUAUGGAAGGCGGUCACUCCAGCGAACUGGCCGAGAAGCCCAUGACGACGAUAUCCCGGCAUUAUUUCGGAGAUGACUUGGAAGAAUCGCCCUUUUCUAUCUCGAUCAUUGAGAACAUGAAAGAGGACUAUGGCCUGUUUGUCUGGCCAUGCAGUAUCGUCCUGGCCGAGUAUGUUUGGCAACAGAGAUUGCGCUUUUCUGGAGCCAGCGUGAUUGAGCUAGGCGCCGGGACUUCCUUGCCUGGUUUGGUUGCUGCGAAAGUGGGUGCUAAUGUCACUCUUACCGACGCGUCCGAUAGAACAGAGGUGCUGGACAACAUGAAAAAAGUGUGUGACCUGAAUAAACUCAAGUGCAAUGUACUGGGACUGACUUGGGGAGUUUGGGAUGCAUCUAUAUUUAGUUUACACCCAAAGGUUAUUCUUGGGGCAGAUGUAUUGUAUGACACUACCGCCUUUGAUGAUCUCUUUGCCACGGUGACAUUCCUGUUGCAAAAUUCUCCUGGGUCAGUCUUCAUAACAACCUACCAUAAUCGAAGUGGGCAUCAUCUUAUUUCGUUCUUGAUGGCAAAAUGGGGGUUAAAGUGUCUAAAGCUUCUUGACGGCUUCUCAUUCAUGCCUUCUGACAAGGCAUCUGGGUUGAGUGGCAACAUUCAAUUGACAGAGAUUGUUCUGAAUGAUGUACAGCCUUAGGUAACCGGAGUAGCUUCUCAAAGUUUCUCAUAUAGUCAUUCUGAUUAAAGUUCAUGCUGCCCACGGUCAUACAAAAUGUGUAGCAAGAUGAUACUUGUUCAUCUUAUUUGCUCAGCAUGGAGUCUUUGCUUGUUGACUUUUGCCACUCAUCUUGGUUGAUGAGGUAGUGGUUUACUGACAGAAAUGUAUGUGCAAGGAGUUGCAAUCCUUCAAUAGUAUGGUAGUCUAAUAUAUGUGAUUAUGUAGGGAACCAAUAAAAUUAGUUGCACUUUUGGAAUGAAUUCCAUCAAUUCUCUCUCUUA